GCCUCCUAGUCAUGUGAUGUAGGGAGAAAAAUAUCAACAUGACUGAGCUCUGUUUGUGAAAACGAGCAUUAACAGCUGUGGCGUUUACGUGAAAUAUUAUGAAUUAGAGUCCACAACACUAAGUAACAACCGGAUGUUAGCUCUUUGUUUUUCCGGUGUCACUGCACAGGAUGUCUGUGGCUCCCCCAGGCCAGUACUCACUUGUGCACAGUUUGGCCACACUUCUUCGCAAUAAUGGUGAUGUUGUCCUGGAUGGCAGCAGCACGCUGACCCUCCCCGCCUGCACCCUGCAGCAGCUCACCAGGCUCUUUGAGCAGUAUUUGUUGUCCAGGAGCCAGCAGCAUGGCUUCCUGGCGCUUCCUUCCCAUCCGGCCGACACGUCCUCUCUGUUACAGCUGCAGUUCCUGUUCGAUGUGUUGCAGAAGACGCUCUCUCUCAAGCUCAUCCAUCCGCCUGGAGUGAGGCUGGAGUCGGCAGUGAAAAUCUUCCCUUUCAAGUCUCUCAAGUGUUUAGAGCUGAAGAGAAUCCCAGCACACCUCCUUGAGGGACUCCGAGGAGUUUAUUCCCAGCUUGAGGUCUUCACCUGCUCAAAGAGCCUCAACUCCCUGGAGGAGCUGCUCUCUCUGUGUGGAGGUGACCUGAGCUCUGCGCUGACCUGGCUGGAGCUCCACACCCUGAACUUCAGCUACAACUCCAUCGUCUGCCUCGACCAGUCACUAAGUUUACUAAACGUCCUGAAAUCCUUGGAUCUGAGCCAUAACAAGAUUCAAGAGUGUGGAGAAUUCCUAAAGCCUCUGAGUGAGUUGGAACACUUAAACCUGGGAUACAACUGCCUGCAGAGGGCGCCAACACUCGGGCCCAGCGCCAGGGCCAAGCUGCACACGCUCAUCCUCAGGAACAACGAACUGGAAACCAUUAACGGUGUGGAGCAGUUGUCCUCUCUCCGGCAUUUAGACCUGGCCUACAACCUGCUGCUGGAGCACGCCCAGCUCGCCCCUCUCUCCCUGCUGCACGGCCUCACCAGCCUAAACCUGGAGGGAAACCCGCUGUACUACCAGAAGAGCCACCGCACCUGCACCGUGCCACACCUGUCCCCGAAGGCUGUCAGCCUCAGAAUGAGGCUGGAUGGAACCCCGCUGUCCUCCUCCGAGUUAUCAGUUCUACCCAAAGCAGGUCAGCUGAUCAUCCAGGUCCAGACGUCUGUGGCUCCAGCCAGCGAUCCACCUGAACGCAGCAACCAGGAGCCGUCAAGUGGGGCGGGGGAUUUGAGUGACAGCCUGACCACCGCCGAAGUUGGGAUGUCCCGGUUUAGGAAGAAGAAGUCCAGAAGUAAGGUCAAAGUUCGGAGAGCCAGCAUCUCGGAACCAAGUGAUACUGAUCACGAGCCCAGACCCUUCUCCUCUGCGCAGGACAUCAUUCUUCCUCACCAGCAGGAGAUCGAGCGCAUGUCCAGCUUCAGAGAUCAGCUGGGGGAAGACUGGCUGAGAUACCAGCACCAUCUAGAUGGAGGGGCUCCCACCACCAUCAGCAGCCCAUCCAUCCCUCAGACUCUAACCAACGGCGUCAGCACCUCCAUUACACCCAGUCAUCCUGGGCCUGCUGUGGAGACCCCAGAGGUUCUCCCACCAGAGGAGACCAGCGUUUCUCUGCUGACCCCGGAGCCAAACGAUCCGGAGACAGACUCCACGCUGCAAUGGCUGAGUCUGAGCGCCCAGCAAACCGAUUCCACUCUGGAGGCCAACACCGUGGACGGCCCGGUGAGGAAGCAGGAGCACCAGUCCAGCCCCGACUCCCAAAGGUCUGCCAGGGCGUUGAGUGGCGGUACCAACCCAGAAGAAGAAGAUGAAAUCGGAGUUGACCUGUGUCGCCCCCUGUUGGUCGGCAUCCUCCCCACCGGAGAGGAGGGUGACGGAGAAGGUCGGGAGGGGAAGAGGAUGGAAGUGUUUCUGCGAGUGAAACAGGGCGUCCUGGUAGAGGUGGACCCGCAGCGCGGUGUGGAGAUGUCCCGGCUGGAGCUGGACAGCCUGGCCCGGGUCCAGACCACACAGGCCAUCUGGACCCCACAGGACGCCGCCGAGCUGUUUCCUGCUGUGGAGCUUCACUUCGACUAUAUUGCCAAGUCCAAACGGAGGCGGACCUACGUCCUGCUAGAUGACGACCCCCAUCAGGCAGCACAGGUUUUGAGCGACAUCCUGUCCGCUGUGCUGGAGGAGAACCAGCGGCGUGACUCUAAAUCGGGUUCCGCCUCCUCCCGCCUGCAGUGCCUCCGCUGCAGGUCAGAGUUCAGCUCUCAUCUGGCAGCUGGUGAAGAGGAGGACGGUGGGAGUAGAGUGGGAGUGAUGCUGCUGAAACAACAACCUAUAGCCAGUCCCUAUCCCGAGUGUUUGCCAUGUCUCCAACGGGUUGCUCUGCUGUGUGUGUGUGUGUGUGUGUGUGCAGGAGCAGUGUGUGUUUGUCCAGAGUGUGGCAGUGACCAUGUGGUCCAGGUGGCCCAUCAGGCGGCGCCCUGCAGCAGUACGCCCAUCAGCGGCUCGCCGCUUCUCGGACACGAACUACAGCCUCUGGAUUUCCCACAGAGCGCCGGCAGUGCAGAGCAGCUCGGUGAAGUGCAGCGCGUCGGCAGCAGCCUCCUCCUGCAGUCCGCCGCCGCCUCGCCGGAGCAGAGCUUCGUCACGGCCCAGGGAACCUCCUUUUUCAUCGGCGACGCCCCGGACCGCACCGCCAGCCUCUGCUGCCACCCCGACAGCCAGGGAAAGGAGGAGCUGGCAGGAAGCUACCAGUACUCCGUCAGCGGCGCUACGCCCCCGCAAGCCCGAUUUCCUGCCGAACCUGCGCCUCCGUCCGUCCCAAAGGAUGACUUGGAUCUGUUGUCCGAGGACUACGAGUCCGUGGACCACCGGCUGAAGCUGUUCUUGGAUGUGGAGGUCUUUGAAGAGGAAGAGGAGCUUCACUCUUUUCUCAAGAUGUCGGCUGUAAAAUAUGGGGAACCAGGGGAGGUUCCCUCGCUGUUGGUUGUUUCCAACCAGCGGUUCUACUUUCUGGAAAUGACAUCAGACAUGCAAGGUCCGCUCACCGAUUGGCUGCAGAAGAAGGACAGCUACCCAAUCAUGGAGCUCAGCUACCUGGAGGUGGGCCUGGGCUCCCAGAGCAUCCACAUGGAGUUCGCAGAUGGAGGCGUGGCCUAUACUCUCCUCGUCAGGGACAGCGUGCGCUGCAAGCGUUUCUUUGGCCUCCUAACAGGAAUGGUCCGUGAGAUGGCCCACAAAUCUGAGAGCAGGCUGCAGUCCAUCUCCACCACCAGGCUGUCCGCCCAGCACCACCUCUGGCCUCUGGUGUGCGAAGACAUCCAGGCAGAUGUGGAGGACGGACAGCUGCAGUUCUUCUACAUCCUGGCUUUUGUCUGCCGAGAGGAGCUGUGGCUGCCUCAGACUGUGCUGGCCACCAGGGAAACCCUCUACCUGCUGGACGAAGAUCACCAAUGGAGGAAAAGCGUCUCGGCGGCUCCUGAGGACAGCCGGGCGCGCAGCGGGAGCGCCGCUGUCCUGGAAACUCUUCCGAUCAGCUGCGUGAGCUCGGUGCUGCUGUGGGCCUCGGACCCGCUCAGGAUGGACUUUAAGCUUUACGACGAGACUGUGAAGCAGGAGAAGACGUGGUGCGUGCGCGCCGAGAGCGCCGAGCUCCUCCAGGGCCUGCUGUCCUGGGUCAGGGCGCAGUGGGAGGCCAUGUUCGGAGUCAAGCUGCACAUGAGUCUGCAAGACGAGCCGCCGUAAUGGAUCCAAACAAACGAAACAACAAAAAGCCAGAGUUUUUAGGCUUCAGUCCUGUGCGGGUUAUCCAGCGAGUCUGCGUCUUUUGUUUUCUCUGCACUCUAGUCUGCUCCCAUUACGCUUGUUGCUUCAAGCCAAGAGCUUGGAAAUGAUUGCACUCAUUCAUGUGGCACACAAGCCUGUAAAAAAAAAAAAAAAAAAAGGGAAAAAAAAAGCUGUGCUUGCAUAAUAAUUUUUCCUCCAGGAAAACAAACAAACAAACAAAAACAAAAAAACCCCAUCCCCAGUGGAGUUUUCUCCAGCUGAAAUGAAGUGUGCCUUGUUUCUUUGUGAAGAUGAGACGUCCUCGUUUCGGCGAUGCGCCUAAAUGCACGUCGUGUUUUCUGGAUCACCUGUAGCGCUUCGCCAAUAUAGGUCAGGCUCCUCCGACUGGGAUGAACGGCAUUAAGGCUUUAAACGUGUCCAGCCGUCACGCGCUCAACACGGGGAACGGCUAAGGCUCUCGUCAAGCGAAACCUUUGACCCCAAUUAGGGUCUUAUAGUUGGUCUAAGUAUAAAUGGUCUUGUAUACUGUUUAAAAUGUAAUCCACAGGUUUUCCAGAUGUGUGAAUUAAGAGUUUCUAUAAAAUAGAUCAGCAGGAGAAAUCUAACCUAGCUAAAAUCUAACUUAAUUUAUGUUGAUGAUGCAGAAUGCCCAUUUAUAUUUUUGUAUAAAUGUAUGAUAAAUGUGUUUACUUGGAUAUAUAAAAAAGAAAAAAGUUGUCUUUGUGCGUGUUGUUGCAAUUUUGAUGAGUUCCUGUUGCAAAUUUACAAAACAGACGCAUUUUAUUUAUUGAUGAUCCUGCUGAUGGACUCAUGAUGGCCAGAUUGGGAAAAAAAAAAAAAAGA